AUGAUACGGAAUGAGAUUCGAUUAAUAAGAUACUUAUAUAUUAAUGGUAGACCAAGAUACUCUACUUCUUCCACUAACGUAUACUCGGAUAAAAUUUAUGAGGAGGUAAUUGAUCAAGGCUACAAAGGUCUUGCGAGGCACAUUAUUCCUGAGAAUUAUGGUUCGAAUCAAGUCAUUAGCAGUAACAAUGACGAACAAUUGAGUCAAUUAAUACGUAAUUUUAAAAGUCCAAUAAAGUUCUCGAUUGGCUAUGGAUCAGGGGUGUUUGAACAAUCGGGGUAUAAGAAGUCAAAGAAACCGCAAAUUGAUAUGAUCCAUAUGGUGGAUAGUCCGGCUGAGUUUCACGAACAGAACUUGAAGCAGUAUGCGGGACACUAUUCAGGCAUACGGAUGUUUGGGCCGGCGAUUAUACUGAAAAUCCAGGAAUAUGGCGCAGGUGUUUACUUUAAUCCGUAUAUAUUGAUGAAUACAGAAAGCAAAAAGAAUAACAUAAUCAAAUAUGGGAUAAUAUCGGUUGAGAAGAGUUUGAUUGAUUUAAGCGAAUGGUCUUCGUUGUACAUAGCAGGGAGACUACAGAAGCCAGUGAAAUACUUGAAGGAUGCCGACCCAGCAAUAAAAUUCAUUAAUCAGUACAAUUUAAAAAACGCUGUUUCGUUAGGUUUAUUUUUGAUUAAAUCGACAGAGUUUAGCGAAAUAGAAUUAUAUGAAACCAUAGCAAAAAUAUCGUACAUGGGAGAUCCGCGGAUGUUAAUAGGUGGUGAAAACCCAAAUAAGGCCAGAAACAUUGUUGGAAAGCAAUUUGAGAAUUUCCAAAAGCUUUACAACCCAUUAUUAAACUUCUUUAUUGAAAAUAAUAUUAUUAUUGAACUCGAGCCCAACAGUUCGAAAAGAAAUUUUAGAAAGAAUCUAGAUACCGAUAAAGCGGCCAGAAUAAUCGGAAGCUUGCCGUUGCAAUUCAGGCGUAAGUUAUAUAAGCAUUAUGAAUCAACAUUUGCCAAAGAAUUAUCGCAAGAUCUGAAGGCUGAAUCCGUCAUCAAUGGACAGAAUAUAAGCAUAAACACUGAAAUCGGUCCAUUUACAAGAGCCAUUGCCAUGGAUCCCCUUUUGAGGAAAAAUCUCGUGAACAGCAUCAAAUUCACAGUAGCACUUCCGGCUUUCAUACAAACAAUUAAAGGCAUAUUUAGUGCAGGAAUUAUCAAGUCAAUUAACUAUGCAUGGGAAAAGCGUACAAAGUAUCGUCAUGGUUAG